AGACUUUGCCUCUUUGAAGAUUCUCACGAGGAUCUUUGAUUUUCAGAACGCAGCUAUCUCCUGAGCCCAAUGAUCUCCAAAUUGACUCAGGUGACUGUAGCCUUUUGCCUCACGGCCGGCUAUGCAUUGAAACUCAAUGACACGCUGCCAGCGUGUGUGGGGACUGUGCUGGACAGCAGCCAUGCAGAUGACUGGCGAUGUGACAAGUUCGGUGGGACCGUUGGAAGCGAUGAGAAAAAGUGCGCCGAGCACUAUGAAGCUGGAACUGGUGGACAGGUUCACCGCCAGUGCACCGUCCACAAGGCAUCGGAAGUUCUCUUCAAUUGCUUGGCCUCCACCCCCUGCAAAGUCAAGACGGGAUACUCUAAUACCUGUUCCUGCCCCAAUGGUGUGGCAGCUGCUGGCAUCAGCUGUACCGAGCACAACUCAGUCAUUUGUGCCUCCUGUGAGAGUGGAUAUGACCUCUCUGGUGGAUCAUGCACUCUGCGAACCUGCACCUGCAAAAAUGGCAAGGGAAGCGUUGGAGCAAAUUGCCCUGGAGAGGGACAAGAAGAUUGUGCCUCUUGUGCCGUGUUUUAUGAAUUGAAAAAAGAAGAUGGCAAAAACGUUUGCAAGAGUCCUUUUGGCGACAUUAUGGCCACAUUGGCCGGGAAGGCGGCAGAGGAGAGGACCGCCGUGGCCUGGGGUGAUCCGCAUGUGAAGGUCUUCGACUACCAGUACAAGAACAAGGCCGACAGGUUCACAAAUUUCCACCACGGUUGGGAUAGGGGGACAAACCUGAAUGUCAUGGAGCCUGGUACCUACUGGUUUGUGAAGACGCCUGGUAACCUGAUCUCUAUCCAAGGAGUCUAUGGCUGGGGAUGGCGUGCUGUCAUCCGCAAUGUGGCUGUCAGUGGCCUCUUCAUCAAGAACGAUGUGAUCCAGGUCUUUCCGAAGCACAAAACCGGACCUUCGCAGAAUACAGGCCUUUACUACCAGUACAAAGGUGCUAGCCGAUCUCGAGUGCAGCAGUGGGGAGGAGCCUGGGAGUGGCAGAACGACCGCAAGGAUGUGAGCAUCAAAUGGGCACAGAACACUGAGGGUUUGAACGGAAAAAAUCAAUUUCGAUGCAAGCUCACCUUGCCUUUGUAUGUGGAAUUGAUCCUCAACAUCUACAACCACCACAUGGAUGUCGUUCUGACCAUGCGACCCAUCGAUGCCAUGUGGGGAGACAUGGGCAAUAUCAAUGGAGACGCAAGUGAUGAGAUGAAGUGGAAUCCUCCAAGCAUCCACAACCGCAACAAAUAUUGGUAUCAGAUGACCACAGCACAUGGCACCAGAGUGGCCCAGACAGACAACCUCUUCCCCUUUUGGUAUGACGUGCCUCGAGCACCACAUGGUGCCAAGACCACCGCCCUACUGGCUGCGAACAAGUCAAGUGCAGAGCAGGAUGACCAGAAUGAUGACGAUCAGAAUGAUGACCACAUGGAACAGGGUAGCAGCUCUGACAGCUCAGAUGUCGAUGGCGAGCCCGAUGAAGUGGUGGUGGAUGGUGUGGAAUUGAAAAAUCGUGCUGGGCCUUUGGAUUCCAGGCAUGACUGCACCAAAGAUGAAGAGACAGCAGCGAAAAAGCUUUGCCAUGAGAUGUUCAAGGUCAACAACUCCGUUGCCGAGUGUGUGGCGGAUGUCUGCCAGCAAGGACCCAAAAUGGCAGAGAAGGCCGAGAUUGUAGAAGUGGAGACGGAAGAAAGUGAAGAAGAGGAGAAGCCUGAGCACUACAAGAUUUAUAGCGGUGGGCAACUCUACAAGUCCUGCUUCAACGCUGAGGAACACUUCAGCAAAUUGGCCGCUAUGCCGCGGGAUGCACGAGAGUUGGGCUUCAUCAAGGAGCAGGCAGUCCAACCCACUUUGCUGGGAGGAAAAUGCGCUGGCCAAAAGUGGGUGUAUUUGGAUGGCACCAGUGUACCUGGAGCAGUCAUCAGCUCCAGCUGCGUUGAUGGCCAGCUUUUGUGUGUCCAAGGUCAGACUGUGUCUGCCUGUGAUGGCGCCAAGAAGAUCGCCUGUCAGAUCCCUCGCCUCUACACCUGCAAGGCAGAGGUUCCUGCUGAGAGCAUGGGAACUGCUUGUCCUGGAGGAAUGCAGCUGGCAACACCCAAGAGCGUGCGUGAGAAAGAAGAAGCACAAAAAGCCAUGGACAGUGCGCUGUGCACCACCAAGCAGGCCUGGACUGGCUUCUCAGACUUGUGCUUCGAAGAGGGAAAGCAAGGGAUGCAGUCUUGCACCAGUGAAGCGAAGACGGUGAUGUGUGAGACGAAGUUCGACUGAGAGCCGGCAAACUUCAAAUCGUCACAUGUCAUAGGGACUGCCCUUCGACCCUCCGGCCGAUUCAAAA